AUGCUAAAUUAUAUUGAAGAUGAGAACUAUAAUUUGCAAAUUGCGUGGCUUGUGUAUCUCAAUAUAUACAAAGUUCUUAUCGACUCAUAUGAGAAGUAUUUAGCACAAUUUAAAUAUGGGCUUAUAAGUGAAAAUCAAAAACUUGCAACUCAAUGUGCAUUUUUCCGGCUCGAUAGAAUUUCUUUAUUUUGUGCUAAUUUAUUUAUGAAGACUAAAACUAUAAAGUUCUUAUCGACUCAUAUGAUGUGUACUUAG